AUGUUUGUAUUAGUAGAAUAUGCAUACUCUUUAGAUAAUACAGAAGCAUUGGAGUAUUUCCUAUCAAUGACUGUACCAACAUUUUUACCAAACUACACAAUUAAUAAAAAAAAGUUUUUCAAUAUCAUCGAUAAAAUCAUUAUAAUUACUAUUAAAAAUAUCGAUUUAAACAAUAGUAAUAGUAAUAAUUAUACAACAACAGUAACAUUAGCAUUCAGUUUAAAAAAUAGUUAUAGUAAUAGUAAUAACAAUACAACAACAGCAGCACCAGAACCUACAAUAUUCAGUUUAAAAAAUAGUAAUAGUAACUAUAAUUUAAAAAGUAGUAUUAGUGAAUAUAGCAAUCUAAAUAAUAAUAGUAUCAGUUUAGCCCGAAGCGCAAGUUGUAGUAGUAUAAGCAGUUGUAAUAGUAAUGAUAUCAAUGGGAGUAGCAGUAGUAGUGGUUGCAACAAUAAAAACAGUAAUAGCUUUUUAAUUAAUAAUGAAGGUGUAUUAUUUGAGACAUUCAUAAAUGUUUCAUUAAAAAUUAGCUUUUUAUCUUCUGGAAGAGCAUUGAUACAAUCUUGA